GCAACCUCACAUCUGCCUCAGACAGAACAAAGCUGACAUAAAGAGCAGAAGACAUGGCUGUGGUUAGUGGAACUUACCGUAUGGUGUCGGAGGAGGAGCAGGCUCUCCGGGCCAAGCUGGAGCGUCUCACCGUCAAGGACCACGGGCCGGUGUUCGGACCCUGCGCCAGCCUGCCGGACCACACCAAGCAGAAGGCCAAGGACGAGCUGAGCGAGACAGAUGAGAAGAAAGUGUCAGCAGUGAAGGAACUGCGAGAGAUAAUAAAGGAGAAGGCUGAUGGAGGGGACGACCUGGCUAAGGGCGUGCAGGACACGUUUGGGGAGAAACCGGACGAGAUGCUGGUCCGCUUCAUCCGCGCCAGGAAGUACGACGUGUCCAGAGCCUACGACCUCAUGAAGGGCUACGUGCGUUUCAGGAAGGAUUACCCCGAGCUGUUUGAGAAUCUGACCCCGGAGGCCGUACGCAGCACCAUCGAGGCCGGAUACCCCGGCAUCCUGCAAAGCAGAGACAAGGACGGCCGCGUGGUUCUGCUCUUCAACAUCGAGAACUGGGACUACGAGGAGAUCACAUUCGAUGAGAUCCUGCGUGCGUACUGUGUGAUCCUGGAGAAGCUGCUGGAGAACGAGGAGACUCAGAUCAACGGGUUCUGCAUCAUCGAGAACUUUAAGGGCUUCACCAUGCAGCAGGCGUCAGGAAUCAAACCCACCGAGCUGAAGAAGAUGGUGGACAUGCUGCAGGAUUCAUUCCCUGCCCGUUUCAAAGCUGUGCACUUCAUCCACCAGCCCUGGUACUUCACCACCACCUACAACGUGGUCAAACCGCUGAUGAAGGGCAAGCUGCUGGAGAGAGUGUUCGUCCACGGAGACGAGCUGGAAAACUACCACAAGGAGUUCGACGCUGACAUCCUUCCCUCUGAGUUCAAUGGAAAAGGUUCCAAGUACGACGGCAAGGCCAUAGCCACCAAACUGUUCGACUAAACAUCCUCCUCCCUUCUUCUUCUGCACCAACGAGGCCGGGAGCUGUUAUAUAUAUAUAUUACACACCCUGCAGACUGUGGAGACUCAAGGCCCAGUUCUAGCUGUGUGGUUGUAGGGAGAAAUGUUAUGAAGAAAGUUUGUGACAAGGACGAAUUAUGUUGUUUUCCAGAAGUCCUGACAAAGCACAGUCCAACAGGACACCACUUACAGUACACUUAAAUGAUACCACGUUACACCUGUUUUGCUUGA